UUGUCGCUGCCAUCGCCUCUCUCGAUAGCAAAGAACGCUUCUUCGUAGCCUUUUACAUACAAAAGACACAGAAAAAGACACAGACACAACCCCCCAGGUCAAACAGGUCCCGCGCUAUUUAUUAUCAGCCGUCUCUCUUUCUUCCUUUUGCUGCUUAAUGAGUACUCAAGUUUCCAACGAAAAGCCCACUUUGAAUGGUGUCAGGAUUCGUACUCGCAAACGUGACGCUAAGGCUAAUGCCAAGUAUGAGCCCGAAGAUUUCAGGGACAGUCUUUUCCAGGUAAUUGAGGGCAUCGAGCCUACCGACUUUAGCAAGAUCUCAGCCGCCCUCGACACGGCCGGCAACACGCUCGACUACCGUCGCUACGGAGACACGUUUUUCGAAGUUCUGGUCACUGGCGGCAUCAUCGCACCGGGCGGUAUCAUUGAAGAUGACGAAGAAUUCGGCAAGCUGCCAUUCAGCCUGUUUGUGCUGGCGGACGCCAGCGAGCAGGGCGCGCAGGACUGGGCCAAGCUGAUCACGCGGCUGACGCGCCGGUACAAGUACCUGGAGCGGAUUUUCACGGAAGCCUGCAAGCACAUUCUCGAGAACGUGCACCGCUACAGCGAGGCAGACAACAAGAAGCUGUCGCAGGGCCUCGGCGUGCUGGUGGCGAUCGGAUUCCUCCCGAUGGAUCCGUUCCGCGUGCUGCAGAAGGACCACCUGGUCAAGGACGGGCUGGCGCUGCGGUUCAUCACGGAUGUCAUGCGCGAGUACCUGAAGAACCACUCGGCCAAGCAGCUGCAUAUGGCUCUGAUCCGCGGCAAGAUCGACAGCCUGGUCGACUUCUUCCCGGCCAACAAGCGCGACGACGACUGCUUUGCGCGGCACUUUGAGGCGGAGGACAUGCCGGCGCUGAUUGACAUGCACAUUGCGUCGCGGGCCAACGCCAGCCGCAACGACUUCAUUGCGCAGAUCGAGAGCAUCCUGCGCACGGCCAAGGCCAACGACGAGGACGAGGACGAGGACGACAUCCUGGCCAUCAACACCGAGGUGGCAAAGGCCGCCAAGGCCGCCAUGCGCACCAACAAGUGGCCCGAGGAGGAGGCAGUGCAGCUUGUGUGGGAGGGCAUCCUCAGCGCAGUCGACUGGGCCAUGAAGCCCGAGCAGAUCGAGAACCAGGUCAUGGGCCACGUCAAGCGCUACACGCCUGUGCUCGAGGUGCUCACCACUGCGCCCAAGAGCGAGAUCAAGCUGCUGCAGUACGUGCAGAACUACUGCUACGAGGACGCCAAGCUGAUGAAGUACUUUGGCAAGAUCAUCCAGGUCCUGUACCAGGACGACGUCCUAUCUGACACAGCCAUCCUCUUCUGGGCCAAGAAGGGCGCCAAGCCCCAGGGCAAGGCGGUGUUCCUGAAGCAGACCGAGCGUUUUGUCAACUUCCUCGAGGAGCAGGAGGACGACGACGAGUCUGACGACGAGUAAAGCAAGCCUAAAUCUUAUUUUACGCGCCCGCCGGUCAUGGGGGCGUUAUCAAGGAAAUGUCAGUAAUUGUUGAUUUCCGAGAUCUCUGUUUUGGUGCCUUUAUGCGGUGCUGGUGUGGAAAGUGAAUUAAAAUUAUCUCUCC